AUGGGAGCUAAUCUGAGCACAUUCAAGCGCUCAUCGUCAUCAUCAGCUGCUACACAGAGACUGCAGCAGGCAGGAGGAGCUGAUGGUAAUUCAAGUCCAGUUGGACCGUCCUGUAUGGAGUUGCUGAAACCAGAGUGCUUAAAAGUAAAAGCAGAGAAGAAGAAAAUGAAGAGACCAUUGACCCCAGAGAGGAAGAAGAUUCAUAAUAAUAAUAAUAAUAAUAAUACUGGAGGAGGAGGAGCAUCUGCGAGUAGGACCAGGUUGACCACACUCGAAGAAUGUCUCUUAGCUUCUCCUGGCCAUCAUGGCAUGAAGAAUCCAGAUAAUUACAAUAUCACUGGAGGUGAAUUGUAUGUGUUUAGACCCCAUUCUAGAAGGGUGCACCCUGCAUCUUCUUCUUCAUCUAAAUUACCAGCUGAUCAUGUUCCUACGGCAGAAGCGCCUUUAGACUCUAAAGCAAGAGACAGCAUCUGUAUGGAGAGAUCCGUCAAGAACGAUCAGAUUAAUGAUAAGUUGAAAAAGAAGGUAAGCUUUAGACUGCCUGAAGAAGCUGAUAUUAUCAUAUUUUACCCCUCAGAGGAGAUCAUGGCAGUGACAGACAGUGAUAAUGGUGAUGAAGACUGUGAUAUAGGAACGUCUACCAGCCAAGAUGUCAAAUCUUAG